AUGUCGUGGCUCUUCGGUUCCAGCAGUUCUACAGAGAAAGCCCCCGAGCCUACCCCGGCCCCUGCCGAGAAGCCAAAACCCUGCUGCGUCUGUAAAACCGAAAAGACCGCCCGUGACGACUGCAUGCUCUUCUCGAAAUCCGACGACCCACAGCAAGAAUGCAAGUCCAUGAUUGAACAGUACAAGGCCUGUAUGGCUGGAUACGGAUUCAAGGUCUAG